UUGACCAAUCACAGUAGAUCAUUCUCUUUAUAUUCAAUUGUGAUUGGUCAAUUUCUUAAAUCUUACGCCUUAAAUUCUUAUUGUAGACCCCGCUUAAGCUUGCUUUAAGCUUUAAACCGUAAGAAAAUGACCAAACACAGUCGAUUAUUCUCUACAUAUUCUUCUGUGAUUGGUUAAUUUUCUUACGGCUUAAAGAUUAAAGCAAGGUUGUGGACCAGGGGUUACUGCUUGCAAUCUUACAACCGUCCUGUAGACGCUAGACGGUCCUUAAAGUUUCAACAUGAUGUUUCUUAGAUGGCCCUAUUAACACACAUAAAACUGGCAUAUGGUUUUUCGAAUUAUCGAAGACGGUUGCAGUGCAUGCGAGCACGGCUUCAAGCAUUGUCGGUACUAGAAUACAGCAAUGCUCUGCAGGAAAACGCGCAGUCUUCUCCAUGCCGGACUUCUAGAAGAAUUAGUAGAAUUAUUGGAACUUCCACACAGUCAUCUCGACAAAAUUCGCACUGCUGCGCUACAUACUCUGACGAGUAUCAUACACCUGGAUUAUUAUCCGUAUUUCCCUAAAAAACCUGUUUCACGGUUGAAUAUGAUCAUUGACGUCACUGGAGCCAGUUCGUACCACGGAUUUCUCCCAGUUUUGGUUCGCAGUGUUCGCACUUGUAUAACAACACUGACCUCGCCACAACCGUUCUGUUUGCAACUGGCAACAGCUCUGUUCAACUUUCUCUACCACCUUGCAAGUUACGAGGCAGGUGAAGAAGCCCUCGUGAGUUGUGGUAUGAUGGAGAGCCUGUUGAAAGUUAUCAAUUGGCCAGAAAGUGAAUUAGAACACAUAACGUUAGCAACGACGGCAGUGCGUGUCAUAAAUUUGAUAACGAACAUAGAUCUGCAAGGCUUCCAAACGCACGAUGGACUAGCGAGCUUCAUCAACCGUUUGAACAUGGAAGUUAACGUAUGCAGAAAAGAACAGACGUUCGAGAUAGAAUCGAUGCUAUCAGGACACGCCGCAGACCUCGCGAGAGAAAUCGGUGGACAGGGAGGAGGAAUCCUCGACGUCGCGACGUGGACACGAAACCUUUGACGAACGCGAAGAAUCGUCCAAUCCAAUGGAGAUCUCCGAGGACGAGAAUAUAAGCUUGAAGGCAGACGAGAAGAGCGAACAACAACCGGACUACUCCGCCGCGAAAACCGGCAAGACCUGCUUGCCGCAAUGAACGGCUCUCCUCAUAUCGAUGAAUUUCCUGAAGAAGACGAUUCGGGAUCCCGCGUUUUCUGAUAUUAUACGAUACGUUAUGGAGGGUACAUUAUCAUCGUCCCUCAAGCAUAUUAUAGUGAAUACUGAAUACUACGGACGGUCAUUAUUCCUACUCGCUAUAGUCGUUGUGACCAUUUAUGUUUGUCACGAGUCUUCGCUACUGUCGUCGUUGCAAAAUAAUGGCUUGAUCGAUGUAUUUCACAAUGUACUAAAAGAAGUGAGUGCAGUGAUUUGUCUAAUGUCUAAAGUCUAAUAGUCUAACGAUAGCAAGAUCAAACCAUGGCGUUACACGUGUGAAUCAAGAAAUCUUUGAAAAUAAAAAAGUAAAAU